AUGAGACCAGAAAUCCAGCAAGGUGCAAACAUAUCCGCGGAGCCCUGGCGCCUAGAAAUAAGGGAGAUCAUACGGGAGGAGCUACGAAAUGCCCUACAUGACACAGUGCGUUCGUUAACUGCAAACGUUAAGGAAAUAAAUGAUCAAAUUAGGGAUUUCCGAGAAUCCAUGAGUUUUAUUAAUAGUGAGUUCGAAAAACUUAAGAACGAUAAUACUAUGUAUAAAAAGGAAAUGGAUCAAAUGAGAAAGGAAAAUGGAAUUUUACGUUCGGACUUGGAGGAAACCAGGCUGAAAUAUAGUCAAUUGGAUCAAAUGUUACGCGCUAAUAACGUUGAAAUUCAGUGUGUUCCGGAAUCUAAAUUAGAAAAAGUAAUGGAUGUCGUGAAACAACUAGGACGCACCGUCAAUAUUGUGUUGCAUGAUAGCGAUAUUCAAUACUGUUCAAGAGUCGCGAAGGUGAAACCGGAUAGUACCCGACCCCGAUCUAUAUUGGCCAGAUUCAGCUCUCCCCGCAUCCGUGACAACUUUUUGGCGGCGGUAUCUGCAUAUAAUAAGAAGCAUAUCCAGGACAAACUAAACACGCAUGACCUAGGAUUUACUUCAAAUGGGAAGUCUCCAGUAUUUGUCGUGGAGAACUUAUCGCCGGAAAAUAAAAGCCUGCAUGCGGCCACCCGUAUACGUGCAAAGGAUCUGAAAUAUAAGUUCAUAUGGGUGCGAGGAGGUCGUAUUUAUGUCAGAAAGUCUGAAACAGCGGAGAAGAGUCGUGAUAUUGUAUGUACUGGUGCGGAGAUUUUACAUGUUACACUUUCAUCCUUAAAUACUGUUACUGGUAACGACUUAAGCCUUAUAUUAGUGUACAUUCCACCUGAUGCGUCCAGCAUACCGUUGCUACUAGAUUUAAUUAGUCAGAUCGUAGAUAACAUAUUAGCUCCCCAUGUCAACCAUGACUGUAUAGUCAUGGGUGACUUUAACUUACCUUGCUUGACUUGGACAGAGGAAGGCUACUCUGUAUUAAAUAACUGCCCACAACCAAUGCGAAUUGCGGCAACUACUUUUGUGGAUAACAUUAGCGUUCUGGGUUUCGCGCAAUACAAUCUCAUCACAAACUCAAAAGGUAGAAUGUUGGACUUGUGUUUCUCGACCACACCUCUUCGUAUUAGCAAGAGCGGUGACCCUUUGCUCCGCGAAGACCGUUAUCAUCCUUCGCUGGUACUAACGGCUACUGACUUGUUCUCAACGCCCCUAGUGGAUGUACAUACACCGCGUCCCAACUAUCAUAGGGGAGAUUACGUUGAACUCAAUAAAUAUUUUAACAAAAUAGACUGGGAUGUAGCUUUAGCGGCGGAGUCGGUCGAUGAUGCGGUUGAAGCCUUUUAUAAAAGAAUACAAUCGGGGGUGGAGCGCUUUGUUCCACUAAAGAACAAGGCUAAAAGUCAAAACUAUCCCGUUUGUAUCGUGAAGAUCGGUCACUUUUGCUCGGGACCUCGCGGUGUGCGGACUGGUGCAUCUCUGUGUCGUGUAUCACCAACUGACCAAUUGGACGACGAUGUACCUACAGAGGAUCCUAAUAAACUUUUAGUAGAGGUUCAAGCCACUGCAAAUGAAGACAAUGAAGAGGUGCGGUUACUUGAACCUGACGAGGACGUCAGGGUGUCAGGAGAGGCCGUGUAA